AUGUUAGGAAUACAAUGCAACUUGAACUCGUCCCCUGUCUUGUCAACGGUCAUGGCCCCGGUACUGGCUUUGGAGUGUAUCGUGGGGCUGGUGGGGAAUGGCUUUGCCCUAUUCAUCUUCUGCUUCUACAUACGAUCUUGGAAAUCUAAUACCAUUUUUCUCCUGUGCCUGGUCAUUGCUGAUUUCCUCUUGCUCGUCAACUUACCCUUCCGGGUUAAUUAUUAUGUCCAUAACCAGACUUGGAACUAUGGUUCUAAUGCCUGCAAGGCUAAUCUCUUUAUGCUGUCCACCAACCGAAAGGCCAGCAUCAUCUUCCUCACUGCUAUUGCACUCAAUCGCUAUCUGAAGGUGGUAUGGCCCCACCACAGCCUGAGCCAGGCGUCCGCAAGGUCAGCAGCGCAGGUAUCUGUGGGGCUCUGGGUGCUCAUCCUGCUCAUGAAUGUGCCCUUCCUCUGCAUCGAGUCCGAUACCCUCUACUCUUCCAGAAACUCUUGCAUCGGUUUUACAGUCAACCUCACUUACUACUCUACUGCCCAGAGCUGGCACCAUAUACUCACUGGGGUGGAACUUUUUCUGCCAUUGGGAAUCAUCCUUUUCUGUACCUUCAGCAUCAUCUUUACCAUCAGACGGCGGAACCUUGGCAAGCAAGCAGGAGCUCGACGGGCAAUGCUUGUCCUGGGAGUGGUAUUUGCCGUCUACUUUUUCUGCUUCUUGCCCAGCGUUAUCUUCGCCAUAGCCUCCCUUCUGGCUUUCCGAUGGGGGAACUGCUACAUCCUCCACCUCUGUGUUGACCUGUUCCAAGGAUCGCUGGCUUUCACCUACCUCACCAGCACCCUUGAUCCUGUGCUCUACUGCUUCUCCAGCCCCAACUUUCUCCGCCAGAGCAAGAUGGUGCUCUGUAAAAGGGAGUGGUUGACUGGAAAAAAGGAUAAUCAAGAAGGUGAUGAUAGCAGCUCUUCCAAACCAAACAGGCAGGUGGCAAGAGGGGAUGCAGCAACUUUGCAGGAUUAA